AUGCUUGACUAUCUGGUUUUCCUAGUAAUCUCCUCGCUUGUCCCUACUAUAUUACUAUGUCUACAUCGACGUGCUUGGUACCGAGAUUUCGCUGAAGGACGGAUGAUGCCAGGAAUGAUACCUAGCUCAAAGAUCCCAAAUCUAGACCCAAGAAACAGAGAACACAAACAUCUUCUAACCAAUGCCGAAAAGAACAUCAAGUUGAAGGUUCUGGAGCUCGGAGAACCCCUGGAAGCUUCCGUGGAGGCUAAUAUGAGACACGACAUGAGACAAUUCUAUCCAGUACUGAAGCUGCGCCCUGAGAGUAUUACAAAUCAUAACUAUGCGACCGUUAAAGAGCGAUUCCCCGACAGUUUCAAACCUCAUCCAAAGAAGGAACCCGAAUUCAAAGAAGAAAAUCUCUGUACUAAUGUGUAAGUUUUGAUUUUACUAUUUACAUGUAUUCAGGAUCACAUGGGAUAAAGACUGUGAUGUUUAUGUGGUCUAUGCCAUCGACUCCUGCCGCGGUGAGCUGGAGAAAGACGAGAAUACUAUGGAUGAAGGAGGCAAUAACAGUAACAACGCCAGUUCCUCAUCAUCCGCAAAGAGCGGAUGA